CUGAUUGUAUUUCCGCCACACAUUGUUCUUUUCUUUCUUAACAUCUUGCAUUGAGUGUUGUGGAGAAAUUUAUUAUUUUUCCUGACAAAAAAUGGGGCGUCGUCCGGCAAGAUGCUAUCGGUAUUGUAAAAAUAAACCUUAUCCUAAAUCUCGUUUCUGCCGCGGUGUUCCUGAUCCCAAAAUACGUAUUUUUGAUUUGGGUAGAAAAAAAGCUACUGUAGAAGAUUUUCCGCUUUGCGUUCAUUUGGUCUCGGACGAGUACGAACAGUUAAGCAGUGAAGCUUUAGAAGCCGGACGAAUAUGUUGUAACAAAUAUUUAGUAAAAUAUUGCGGAAAGGAUCAAUUCCAUAUUCGGAUGCGCUUACAUCCUUUCCAUGUCAUUCGCAUCAAUAAAAUGUUGUCGUGUGCUGGAGCUGACAGACUCCAAACUGGCAUGCGCGGUGCAUUUGGUAAGCCACAGGGUACUGUAGCCCGUGUACGCAUAGGACAGCCAAUUAUGUCCGUACGUUCUAGUGAUCGGUUCAAAGCACAAGUUGUUGAAGCCCUCCGCCGCGCUAAGUUCAAGUUUCCAGGUCGUCAGAAGAUAUAUAUUUCCAAGAAAUGGGGAUUCACUAAAUACGAUCGUGACCGUUAUGAAGAACUUCGCGAUGAAAAUCGCUUGGAACCUGAUGGUUGCAACGUCAAAUAUAGGCCCGAACAUGGACCAAUGAGCGUAUGGGAAAAAGUGCAACGUGAUGUUGUCUAUAAUUAAAUACUAAGAAUUACGUUUAUUUUUACAACUUAAUUGUCUUUUCUUCAAUAAACCAGAAAAUAAAAAGACAUGAGUAAGAUAAACACUCGCGAGUGGAAAGAUUUAA